UCCCUGCUGGCUUGCCGUAGGUAAAUAAUCUGGUUGCAACGACCUGUCAGUUGGUCAAAGUUUAGUUGAACUGGUGCUCACUGCUUUAGAGCGGCACAAACCUUCAAAUUUCUCCACAAUGACUGCGCGAAACAUCUCUCGGUUUUGGGAAUGGGGCAGGAAGAUUAUUUGCGUUGGGAGAAACUACGCAGACCACGCAAAAGAGCUGAAAAACGCGGUUCCUACCGAGCCGGUCCUGUUCCUGAAGCCACCUUCUGCAUAUGUAAUAGAGGGCUCCCCCAUCCUGGUGCCGCUGUACACCAGCAACCUGCACCAUGAGGUGGAGUUAGGGGUGGUCAUCGGGAAAGGGGGCACAGCUAUCCCUCAGUCCGCCGCUAUGGACCACGUUGCAGGCUACGCGCUGUGCUUGGACAUGACAGCCCGGGACGUCCAGGACGAGUGCAAGUCCAAAGGUCUGCCCUGGACCCUGGCUAAAGCUUUCAACACCUCCUGCCCCAUCAGUGAGUUCAUCCCCAAAGAGCGCAUCCCUGAGCCGGGGAACGUCAAGCUGUGGCUGAAGGUGAACGACCAGAUGCGGCAGAGCGGCUGCACCUCCCAGAUGAUCUUCUCCAUCCCCUAUCUUAUCAGCUACAUCAGCGACUUCAUCACCCUGGAGGAGGGGGAUCUCAUCCUGACCGGGACCCCGAAAGGAGUGUCAGCCGUGCAGGAGCACGAUGAGCUGCAGGCUGGGAUCGAGGACGUUGUCACCAUGACCUUCAAAGUAGACAGACACGAUCAGUAGUGAAAGCAGUCAAACCAAAAGCCAGAAAUACUCAUGGAAAAUGUGUUUUGACUGGAAGGUUGAGCAUAAUAUUCGGUUUCUUUGCAAUGUCUGUGUGGAUCAGCAGGUGGCAGUGCUGUGCCACUAUGAGGGACCAUGGUGCAGAUACCUCCAAGCUGUCUUGUACAGUAAAGAAAUACGCUUUCCACCAAUUAAAAAAACAUGUCAUUAUGAUUAGGCUUACAUGAAUUGAUCUCAGCAACAUCAGUGUACUUAUGAUCUGUUUCAUUGUAUUAUCUACUUAAACCAGAGAUAUGAAAAGUA